CUGGGCGGUGUUGUGAUGGAGCUGAGAAGCAUGUCCGACGCGCUCCAAUUCCACGCGCAACUCCUGAAAGGGGGCACUCAAAACGACGACGCAGCGCGCAAUGUCUCCAAGCUCUUCACUUUCGCCGCCCUCUCUCCCUGCGGCAACCUCUCCUACGCUCGCCUCCUCCUCCGCUCCAUCCCCCGCCCCAACUCCUAUUACUACAACACCAUCAUCCGCGCCUAUUCCCGCAGCCCCGACCCCACCCACCACUUCCACGCCCUCUCUCUCUUCCUCUCCAUGAUCCACUACCAACCACUCCAACCCGAUAACUUCACUUACCCCUUCCUCCUUAAGUGUCUUGCCCGCUUGAAACUCACCCCACAAGGCAAACAGAUCCACGCUCUCAUCACUAAGACGGGUUUCGGGUCUGAUCAGUAUAUCCAGAACGCCUUGAUCCACAUGUAUUCUGAAUUUGGCGAGUUGGGGUUUGCUCGCGAAGUGUUUGAUAGAAUGCCUCUUAGGGAUGUGGUUUCUUGGACUUCAAUGAUUGAUGGCCUUGUCAACGCUGAUCGCCACGUCGACGCCUUGGCCUUGUUUGAUAGCAUGCUGAAGGCUGGGAUAGAGGUCAAUGAUGCCACGGUGAUGUCUGUUUUGAGGGCCUGUGCUGAAACCGGAGCUUUAAGUGUGGGGAAGAAGGUGCACAUGAUUGUGAAGGAGAAGAGGAUUGAUUCUAAGGCGAAUGUUGGCACUGCCCUUGUUGAUAUGUAUGCUAAAAGCGGGUGCUUAGAGAGUGCACGGAACGUGUUUGACAAUGUUGUGGACAAGGAUGUUUUUGUUUGGACCGCGAUGAUCUCUGCCCUUGCUAGCCAUGGAAUGUGCCAGGAAGCUAUUGGGAUGUUUGCUGAGAUGGAAACCUGUAGGAUAGAACCUGAUGAGAGGACAAUGACAGCGGUUCUCUCGGCGUGUAGGAAUUCAGGCUUGGUUAAUGAAGCUUACGUGUUUUUGAAUGAUGUGCCAAAACGUUAUGGUAUAGAGCCUACAAUUCAGCAUUUUGGCUGUGUGGUGGACCUCCUCGCGAGAGCAGGGCGUUUGAAGGAAGCCGAGGAUUUCAUUAAUACAAUGCCUAUCAAGCCUGAUGCAGUUCUUUGGAGGACCAUGAUAUGGGCCUGCAAACUUCAUGGGGAUACCGACAGAGCAGGGCGUCUCAUGAAACACCUCAAACUACGAAAGAGAACUGCUGAUGAUGAUAGUGGGAGUUACAUACUCGUUAGCAAUGUUUAUGCGUCUGCUGGGAAGUGGUGUAACAAAGCAGAGGUGAGAGAGUUGAUGAACAGAAGGGGAUUAACUAAGCCUCCAGGGUGUAGUAGGAUUGAAGUUGAUGGCACUGUAUGUGAAUUUUCUAUGGGAGAUUAUAGUCACCCUGAAGCAGAGAAAAUAUAUGACAAAUUGGAUCAGAUUGUAGAUGAAAUUAGAAAGGGAGGGUAUAAUCCAAGAGUAUCAGAGGUGUUGCUUGAGAUGGAUGAUGAGGAUAAAGCCAUUCAGUUACUUCAUCAUAGUGAGAAGCUAGCUCUUGCAUAUGGACUAAUCAGGAAUAGGCAGGGUUCCGAAAUCCGGAUUGUGAAGAAUCUAAGGUCUUGUGAGGACUGUCAUGAGUUUAUGAAACUAGUGUCUAAGAUAUACCAAAAAAGGAUCAUAGUAAGGGACAGGAUACGUUUCCAUCAUUUCAAAAAUGGUGACUGCUCUUGCAAGGAUUACUGGUAGCUAUGGUAUCUGCUUUGGCCAUGGAAACAUUCGAAUUAAUGUUCAGUGACGAUGUGGACAUGAUUGAAGUUCAUGAAUGAAACUCAUUAAUCAGCAAUGGCACAGUUCUGAUCAGAUACAUGAAUGUAUGGAGUAAACUGAUUAUAUUACACAACAACAACAACAAAGCCUUGUCCCACUAAGUGGGGUCGGCUAAUAAGCUGAUUAUAUUGGUCAUUGAUAAAUAGAUUGGUUGUACGAAGUUAACGGUUUGAGUAAAGGGAUAUGAAAGGGGGAACCACGUUUAUUUUGGAGUUAUUUGUUCACUCGAUGAUUUAUUGUACAUGUUGAUGUGAGGCCAGGAGGGAGGUUGGUUUGGGUACCUUUCAUCGGCGUCUGUUGGUUCCAAUCGAACUAUCUUCUCUGAAAAAAUCUUUUUUGCUGCA